GGCUUGUUUGUUGAACGGUCGACCGCCGACGUCACACUGAAGCCCUUCGAACGGCCCUUACAUGGCCGACCUGCUGCACAGGCUGCCUCUGCUGGUCCUCGUCGUCAUGCUGCUUCUCGUCGUUGUCUUCUUCCAUGUGUGUAUCGUCGGCCUCGUCCCGCUCGCGGCUCGCAGAAGGAGAUCUUCGAAGAAAGCCGACAGGAUGGAUCGACGAGUGGGCAACGACAGACCGGCAGGCACAACCUCCGGAGCGAGCAAUCGGCAACACAGUGCGGGGUCUGUGGCGAAGCGGCCGUACGACCCGAGGUUGUAUGCACACCUGCCUUCUCACGAGAUUCCUCUGCGGCCGUCGGAUGACGAGGGGGGAGACGCCAGGUCGUCGACUUUGCCGUUGGGAAGUGGUUCGACGCAGGAAUGGGCGGCGAGGCAGUCGUACGGCGGCAGGCGGGUGGAGACCCCGUGGUCUUACACGUCACUGCUGAACGAGGGGUUGUGCGACGACGACGACAAUGCAGCGGUUGAUCUCAGCUUCCAGUUGUCCAGCAGCAGCGGAGCAGCGACAACGCACACUCGGAUCAUCAAUCCCCACCCGGGUGUGGAUUGCGCGGACAACACGCACGGUGGUGUGUGCGGGCCGCAAGACGGCGGUCUGCCUCAAUCGCUUCGUGAAGGUGGUGGUAAUCGGAAUGAGUCGACGUCGACCGUCGGCGGAGGAGUCGGUGCGCGUGAAUGUCCGAAGUGGAUGCGGUUGUCACUUGCGUCGCGAAGUGGAUCCGACACUCCUCCUGGACGGCAUCGACUGGAGGAUUUGCGUGAGGAAGGUGCGGACGUGCACCGCGACGGCAGGCAGCUGUGGGCAGAGUGCAGGAAGGCCUUGCAUCAACGUGGAACGGAAACAAUCACGAGAGGGGUGCAACGGCUCCACGUGGACGAAGGGGACGAAGCUGCUAUUGAGGAGGCCCAGGGGUGUGACGACGUUGACGGUGACGACAAUUGCAACUCCGACGAUUUGCCAGACAUUAGGCCGCUGGGGAGGAAGGCGAUGAACGGCGGAGCGACUGUGAGGAAGGGUCCCGCUAUGAAACUCGACGGAGCAAGAAAAUGGAUGACGACACGGGCCGAAGCGAAGAAAUGGGACAACUUGAUGCAGCAAUUCAAGAAGGUCCACAAGUUCCUGAACCUCUCCGGCGGGAAAGACUACUUCAAGCUUGCUUCAAAGGCCAGGCGAUCGGAGGGCUUCAACUUUGUCAUGGACUGGAGCGUGUACGACGAAAUGGAGGUCAUGACGAAGGGGGAUCACACGAUCCACCCGAAAAAUUUGGCGGACACGGGGGCGGCGGGGGGGGUUCAGAUGCCGGCAGGCGCGGGGGCUGGAGGGGACACCAUGGCCAUUGAGGGUGGAGGGGAGGCAGCCGACGAGGAGCAUGGGUCAACGAAAGACUCCACAUUCAGCGCGGGGAGCGGCGACGGUUAUGGAAAGAGGAAGAACAUGCGGCAACAAACCUUUGAGGCCGUCGUUGAGGUCAUGGACAAGCAUGGUGCGCUCAUGGCGAGCACAAUGGACAAUGCGAGCAAGCGACAAUGCUCGAUGAUGUUAUGUCACUGCGAAAUCCUGGAGAGCGAAGUGGAAGUGCAGAGGAAACAUUAUGCUGCGGCGGAUGAGGCGAACAAAAUGAUGCGUAGCCACAGACGACCUUUGACGGAGGCGGGAAGCAUGUCUGCGCGAGGCGCCCGUGGCAAGAAGCGGGAAAACAUCCCCACGGACACUCAGGGGCGGGAAAGGGGUCGGCGGCAUGUCCCCAAGGCGAAGAGGCUCCGUUCGGAAGAAGCAUCAGCAAGCCUGCCUCUUCGGCGAGGGCGAAGUUGGGCGGCAGCCAACGAAGAGGAAGAUGACGACGUGUUCACGAUGAAGGAGGAAGCAGCAGAGGACAACGUGCCGACGCCUCGGGGAAGCAGUCUUCAACGCUCAUCUGAUCAGAGCGGUGCGAGGAGAUUGCUGACGCCCCUUCAGGAGGCGCAACAAGUGCGUGCCCACAACACCUCGAAGGCGAAGGAGAUUGUCGUCGACGUCGGCGGCGAGGGCGACGAGCCCUUGGAAAGUCGUAGGCAGCGCAAUGUCACACAAGGCGCCAUGGCGACGGCAGUCAGGAUACGUGCCGCGACUGAAGAAAGGCCACCUCAGGGUGGCCUGCCCUCCACGCCAUCCCAGCCGCGUCCGCGCAACACGGCUGCAGAGGGAGGCUCCAUGGAACGCGGGGGAGGGGAGAGGGCCCAGCAAGAAGCGCACGUGGCGAGUGGGGGGGCGAUCGCUGGUGCAGCCGCGGGGUCUUCGGGCAAUGUUGCUGCCGUAGCGAGGGCGAGAGAGGAGGUCCCAAUUGUGGAGUGGGAGGCGACGCGCGGCGACAACAAGGAUCCCACACAACUGCAGCAGGCGAUCGCCCUCGCGACGGCAUCGGAGAAUAUUGCUCUGCGCAUCUUGCACGGAUGGGUCUUCAAGUCCGGGAACCGCCCCCGAGGAUUCAAUGUCGCUUUCCAGUACGCGCUGGAGUCGGUGGCGACGGACAUUGCGCGCGUCAUGUGGUACGGCGAGGAGUGGAGCAACAUCGUUAGCGCGGCCGUUUGCGCGCACACAAUCGACCUCAACAUGGACUUGCCACUGUGGUUUGCGGACGCGAACAUCGAGGAUAGGCCGGAGGACGACGACAUGGCAGCGCACCAGGAGGCGACCGUUAUAUGCAUCGCGCAUGCAUUUCGCGCCGCGGUGCAAAUGGGUGGCAACGUCGACGGCGGGUUCAUCUCGCACGAUCGUCUGUCAAGAAUUGCGGAUUGCUUCAGGCUUUUGUUGGCUGCUAGCAUGUGGUUGAUGCGCAUGGCGGGAGACGAUCCGCGCAGCCACUACGAAGCCUUUUACUUCGCGAAGCCCACGCUCGUCGCGUCCAUGCAUCUCACCUUCGAUCAUCGACGGUCCGUAUCCGAGCCACGAAUGCCGUCACGGAGAGACUAGGGAAGGCAAACGCCACAUUCGAAGACUACCCAAAGUACAUCCUCGAUUGGGCUUCUUGCGGCAUCGUCUUCGGGCACGAUGCG